AGACUGCGGAAGCUGCUGUAUGUCUCACAUUUCUUGUCAACGUGGAACUGCAGAGUCUUUGAGUUUGGUGCAUUUCUGUUUCUGGCCCAUAUAUAUCCACAGACAUUGCUGCCAGCGUCUGUCUAUGCUUUGGCCAGAGCUGGCUCGGCUGCAAUCGUGUCGCCAUGGCUUGGCCCGUAUAUAGAUAGGGCGAACCGACUCAGAGCCGUCCGCAUCAGCAUUGGCAAGCCCUCACUUGGUCAGCGGCUUGCAGUUGCCGCUUCUUGUGCGGGACUGUUACUUAUGGCCCAGCUCGAUGUUCUUCGCGAGAAAGAGCUGUAUUCCCAUGCCUUUCUCGCUGCGCUUUCUGUGCUCGCGUGCGCCGAAAAGCUCGGUUCCGUCUUGAACACCAUUUCCGUGGAGCGCGACUGGGUCGUCACUAUAGCUGCUGGCCAUGAGCAACUUUUGACAUUAAUGAAUGCUCAAAUGCGUCGCAUAGAUCUAUGCUGCAAGCUCAUUGGACCACUCGCAAUCGCCUUCGUUGAUGCCGCAUCUCCAAGGGUAGCGAUCCUUGCGACUGGCGUCAUGACAGCCACUUCUGUUCUCGUCGAAUACUUCACAAUCGCGAUGGUAUAUCAGCAGAUUACAGCGUUACAGGAACCGAAGAACAUUGCACUCCAUCGGCGCAGAAGCAGUGAAUCCGUAUGGAGCUGCUUCAAGAGUUCUUUAUCGGGGACUGCGAUAUAUCUACGGCACCCAGCGCUUCUGCCGUCCUUUUGUCUGGCCUUACUGUAUCUCACUGUUCUCUCAUUCUCGGGGCAGAUGAUCACGUAUUUGAUUGCAUUAGGACUGUCUUCGGGCCUCAUCGGUGGUCUUCGCGGCAUUUCGGCACUGUUUGAGCUAUCAGCGACCUGGAUAGCACCAAGAGUCAUUUCUAGGAUCGGAUCCAUUCGCGCUGGUAGUUGGUUCAUCAACUGGGAAAUUAUCUGCGUCGUAAUUGCUUGCGCCUUCUUCUGGCUGGAUUAUGGUCUAACGAUUGCUGCGAUUGGCACUGUCAGUGCCGUAAUAGCAAGCCGAAUUGGGCUCUGGGGGUUUGACCUCAGUGCCCAAAUCAUCAUUCAAGAGGAGGUGGAAGAACGAUAUCGCGGAACGUUUUCAAGCCAAGAGUUUGCGCUCCAGAACAUCUUCGAAAUGCUGGCCUUCGCUAGCACGAUUGUCUUCCCUGAUCCGGGUCAUUUCAAGUAUCCGGCUACAAUGACUGCAGGUGCUGUUGGCCUCGCGGGAGUUCUGUACGCAGCAUUUGUGCGUUCGCGAAGGGGUCACUUGAUUCAUCUCUCUCGCUGCAUC